AUGGCCACAGCUGAAGUCCCUCCGCGGGCGCAUGUUCGCAGUGGACGCCGACGCCCAUUUACGAGCUGGGUGAAAAGACUGGCUAAUCUCAAGAGCUCAUCGAUCGAUUCGGGCACCAUCCGUUGGUCGCAUAAACGCCACGACACGCCCAAGAGCAAGAGAAACAGCAUGAAGAACAACCCUUACCCGCUCUCCGGCUUCACGAACGUCGCGGGCGGAUACAGCAGCGAUUUCAAUACAUCCGUGUCGGACUCGCAGGAAGCAAAUGGUCGGAGAUCAUCGUCGCAAAGCGCGCCCUCGCUCGCCUGUUCCGGGUCCGAUCACCAGAUUCCCGCGACCAGUGCAAAGUCGACCGCCCCCACCAUCUCCACCAACGGAGACACGGCUCUCUCAGAGGCCGCAUACUCCAAGGCAGGGACAAUGGCUACGGCCGGAGGGGCGAUCAGUUCGAAUGGCGGCGGCGAAGGAAGCACCUUCUCGUCCCCUGCGCCGUCGGUACGUUCGUUGACCACUACCUUGACGACCGUGCAGUCCGCCGCGCCGUCCACCCACUUCUACAAUGUACCAAACACCCACCACACCCUUGUGCAUGCGAACUCGACACACAGCACGGCCAACCAGCAAGUGCAGUUCUCCCAACCGUUCCCGUCCUCCCCUGCGACCGCGGUGCCGCCCCACCUGGCUCCUCACGGCCACUCGCAUACAUACAGCAGCGCGACCGCCAACAAUAUGCUGACCGAUAACGCUUCCAUCCUUACGCUGGCGUCCUCGUCGAAACGGCGACGCCGGAACUCUUUGGACACAAACGCAUCGAUCCGCGCUUUAGCACCCUCCUCGGUGUUUGGUGGUAGCCGCGAGAGCCUCCCACUGAGUGUACUCAGCGCGAAUGUGGGAGAGGCCUCCAACGCGUCCACGUUUAAUGCGUCGGGGGUGCUCAAUCGACCGAGUAUGGUCGGGCUUGCGAGCGCGGAACGGAUCAGCGUGUACUCGGCGACCGGCGCCGCGGAACGCGGAAGCUACCACAACAAAGCGAACACGGGCACAGGAGACGGAGCGAGUAUCAAGAGCGCUGCAUAUUCGCACAGUCGCAACGACAGUUAUGCCGCGAGCAUCUCGGGCGGCAUGGGCAGCGUGCUCCCCAACCCGGCGUUGACGGGGCGAAUCAACCGUCGUAGCUCGGGAUGGGGCGAGAUCAACGGUGACGAGAGCGAACAAGACAAGGAAGAGAAGGAGGAACGACCGGGGGAGUUGAAGGAGGAGGAUGCGGAUGACACUAAGACCGAGGGGUCAACGGGAUCGACCACGACUAUGAAGACACAUUGA